AUGGCUAAGGAAGGGAAGAACAAGAAAGCUGCUAGAGCCUUCUUCCUGCGUUUGGUGGGGAUGACGAUCUUCUGUGGGAAGACAAACAACAAGGUGGAUGUUGCAUGUUUGAGGAUGUUCAUGGACUUGGAAAAGGUUGGGGAGUAUGCAUGGGGCGCCAUGGCAUUGGCUUUCCUUUAUGACCAGCUGAAGGACGCAACCAAGGUCGGCACCACUAGUCUUGGAGGAUACUUAAAUCUGUUUCAGGCAUGGAUAUUUGAGCAUUUCCCUGCUUCAUUGUUUGAUAGAAACCUGAACAGGAAAUACAGUGAGAAAGAACCGCGAGCUUGCAAAUGGGUCACCAAGAGGGGGACUGUGGACCUGCAUGCGAAGAGGCUAAUCCUAGAUGACCUUAGGGAUAACAAUGUUAUAUGGACUCCAUAUGACGGGCAUAGAGUGGAUUGGCCCUUUCAGUAG